GGGGGCUGCCGCCGGCCAUGCCAGUGCUCGCCGCCGGUGCUGAGUCAGAGCCGGGCCUCCCGAAAUCCCCCGGUGAUGAGCGGCGAGGAGGGGCCAUGGAGGAGCUGGAGCACACCUGCCCCCAGCCGCGCCUGGCUAUGGAGUCUGCUAGCUUGGCAGGAAGUGUCACAGUAGGACUAAGGAAAACCCCUGUAUCCUUCAAUGAGCAGGAAAACAGGGCACAUUGAAGGCAAAUCUCAGACUCUGACGGCACCUGCCCCAUUUGCGGAUGAAACAAGCUGUCAGUGCCGAGCACCCCACGAGAAGCUAACCAUUGCACAAGCCCGCCUGGGAACACCAGUUGACAGACCUGUCAGAGUGUAUGCAGAUGGGAUAUUUGACCUCUUCCACUCUGGCCAUGCUAGAGCUCUUAUGCAAGCCAAAACUCUAUUCCCAAAUAGCUACUUAUUAGUAGGAGUUUGCAGUGAUGAUUUAACUCAUAAGUUCAAAGGCUUCACUGUGAUGAACGAAACUGAGAGAUACGAAGCCCUCAGGCACUGUCGCUAUGUGGAUGAGGUCAUCAGAGAUGCACCCUGGACGCUGACACCGGAGUUUCUUGAAAAACAUAAGAUUGACUUUGUAGCCCACGAUGACAUCCCGUACUCCUCCGCUGGCUCGGAUGAUGUAUACAAGCACAUAAAGGAGGCAGCUACCUGCCACAGUGCCCGGUCCUGCCGUGCUUUCCCAGCUGGCUUUCUUUUCCCACUUUGCUCAGGGAUGUUCGUACCAACGCAGAGAACUGAGGGCAUCUCAACGUCAGAUAUCAUCACAAGGAUCGUCCGGGACUAUGACGUGUAUGCCCGACGCAACCUCCAACGGGGAUACACCGCCAAAGAGCUGAAUGUUAGUUUUAUAAACGAAAAGAAAUACCGCUUUCAAAACCAAGUGGACAAAAUGAAAGAAAAAGUAAAGAAUGUGGAAGAAAAAUCAAAAGAAUUUGUUAACAAGGUGGAAGAGAAGAGCCAUGACCUCAUUCAGAAAUGGGAAGAAAAGUCCAGGGAAUUUAUCGGCAACUUUUUAGAGCUGUUUGGACCUGAUGGAGCUUUGAAGCAGAUGUUCCAGGAGCGAAGCGGCCGAAUGCUCCAGGCUUUCUCUCCGAGGCAGAGCCCAACCAGCAGCCCUACGCGAGGCCGCUCUCCGUCCCGUUCACCGUCCCCACCCUGGGUCUUCAAUAAAGCCUCCCCUCCCUCUUCUCCAAAAGCUGCCUCCGCCUCCCUCAGCAGCAUGAGCGAGGGAGACGAGGACGAGAAGUAAAAUAAAGAUAUAUUUUUUUUAACCAUGAGACAGAAGAACAAGCUAUGAACUCAACCACUGGAUGGGGAGAAGCGCGAGGACCAUCUGGGGUCCCUCUGACAGCAGGGAACGUGCCCUGGGAGAUGUCGAAAACAGACUGGAGCACAGCAAGGGAGAUCUCAGGAAGAGCUGAUCCCACCCCCGCUCCCUCGCGGUGCCUGGAGGCCCCACCAGCAGCGCUUGCCCGACGCCGUACCAGGGACUGGCAGCAAAGCACCUGCCUCCGUGCACGUCCUGUCCUCCCCAGCGCUGCCGCUUUCUGCCCCGCGGGCUGGCCGGGCCGGCGGGACCUGCACCGAGCCCAUAGGCAGCACAGGCAAAGCCACGGCCGCUGCGUUAGACCCUGCUAACCCUGAGCUCUUCCAGCACGGGAAGGAAGGGCGUUGCUGCAGCAAACGUGUUCCGAAAGGGGGAAGGAAAUUUCACACCUCUUUCUGUUUGAAGGAAGUCUGCCCAGAGCCCAAACCGUGCCAGCAAAGCGGAGAGCUGCCCGGUUGGGUUUACGGAAGGUCGUUCGAUGCAUUCAGGCUGCGCAAUGUUGCUUGUUGACCAAGCCUCUGUCCAGGGCAUACAUAGAGAUUCAGGCUGUACCGACCCCCUUUGCUUUCUCAGAGCGUUCCCCAUGUUCCUAGUGCCUGAACAGCUGCCUGACAACUUCUGUUCUGCUCCCCGUUUUUGCACUUCGGAGACAAGUAAGUAAAUGAAGACUGUCCUAACUGGAAUGUUUUGCUGUGGGAAAUAGCUGGUUUGAAGGCCGUGAUGGUUUUCACUGGUGAAUUCCAGAAAUGCACGUGGGAUCCCACAGCCUAAGAACAAACCUCUCUCCCAGGAACCCUGCUGCUCCCAGACAGGCAUUGCCAAGCGACGAGCCCAGCAGUGCUACUGUCCUCACAUGCUACUAAUCCAAUUAGAUUUAAAUUUCUCGUAAAACCCUGAACAAGAUGUGUUCAUAGACACGCUGCCCCUCCACGGGGUCCCGAGGCCAUUCCUCUAUCCCAACCCGGAGAAGAGGCUGGAAAACACAAUGGAAACCCUUUAAACGGGAUUAGGCAUGGGGAUUUUUUCCCUCCUGCUGUGACACCCGUCUGUCCCCAGGCAGAACCGCAGCAAUAGUAGCACUGAUGCAGCUUUCCCCUGCCCCUGAUGCUCCAGCUGAUCUCCUUCCAGCUCGGCAGUGAGAAGCCUGCCAGCCUGGCUCCACUCAGUCCCUCAGCCGGCACCGGUGAGGGGGCUGCAGGCCCGCGGGGUUUCUGAGCAUGGAGGCGGCCCCAUCCCUGAGGCAGCCCCAUCCCUGAGGAAGCUGCAGGAAGCGCCCAGCCCGCGGUGCUCGGGUCGAGCUGAGAAGCAGCAAUGGGAUUCUGCGCCAGGGCAAAGCCUUGCCCGUAUGGAGCCCUGAAGGAAGAGCCCGAGCGCGCCCUGCAGCAGCCCUCCUUCCCGAGGGACAUGCCGGGUAACUGCUUUCCCUCCCUCCCAAACUCUCCAGACAGAAAUCGCAGCCCCUUGCAUCAAGCACCGAAUUAGCCCCGUGUUUAGUUCCCUCCCCACAGCUUUCACCUACGGGAUAAGGGAUAAAGGGGUAACCGAUUUGCCUUUGGGAACACUUUGCCAGACACAGCUCUGACUACCGCAAGACCAACCAGUAUCUCACGGCACUCUUUGUCUUCUGGAGCCCAGCGGGGUCCUUCGCAGAGCCGCGCAGAGGCCAUCAGGGAACAGGGUGACUGCUGCUUCCACGGGGCAGUGCAAGGAGAGCCGCGGCUCGUCCAGCUGCUGCCAGCUGUGCGCCUGAUGGGGCGAUGCAAUUAAGACCUUCCUCAGCCUUAGGCAACCUGUUACUGUAAUUUCGCACCUGGGAUGCACUCGUCGGUCUCUCUGAUCCUUUGCAAGUCUAAGUCUUCCCAUCGCAACCCGCUCCUCCACCAUGGAACCGUCUGCUCUCUACUGGUGCUGUUUACACAACGAGCCAUGUCCAAGUGCAAUGGAGGGGGGCAGUUUUUUCUUGUUCUCCAGUUCCACUGUUUGUCUGAAUUCCAUAACGCUUUCUGUCCAGCAGCCCCUGUUCAGCAGUUUGAGCGGAAGACAGCAUCCGUGACUUGUAAAUAGGACCUGGAGAAAAACUCAGCGGCGUGACCUCUUUGUAGCGGGAGCUCUUUCUCAGUCACAGGUGGCUACCCCGUGACAAAGCCAUAUACUGUACCAGGCGUCCUCCUCACAUUUAGGACAUCAAAGCUGAAGCCUUUCCCCCGCUGGUACAGGCACCGAUAUCCACACGCUUUCUCCAGCGAACCAGAACCUCAUUGGCUUUGGACACGUGGAGGGCAAUUUUGCACUUCUGAGUCAUGGUUGGGUUUUAUUUUUCAUGAGUGUUGCUUUAAUUCAGUCCUAUUUAUCAGCCAAGCUCCACAUGAAAAAUAAACAGCGUACAACAGAUACACGCCGCCUCUCACCUUCAUUUCACAGCACGUUCAGACGCGCAGACAGCCCCCGGCCUGACCCACCGACGGCACAGUUACCUCUCGUUACCUCCGUCCUCGCAGCCCAGGGCUUCACGCCCUCGCCAGUGCCACCCGAGCAGCCUCUCACACCGCUCCCUGCGCCGAGGGGAUCCCCGCUGCCCCCCUGCCCCAGCGCAGAGGAAUCAGGGCCUCGCUGUGUGAAUUUCUGCUCCCAAAUGGUAGGAGGCAGCGGCAGGGCUUCCGCAACCUUCCUGCUUCUGUGCCCCUGCUGUGGUGCUCCGUGCGCGCCAGGUCUACGCAGAAGUGCGAGAGCAAACAGCAGCCCCAGGGCAGCUCCUGGGACUCGACUCCAGCUGAGUCAGCCUGAUGGCUGAAUGCUCCUGCUUCUUUCCUUCCCUUUUGUCCUUCCUGUAGGAAAUAAGUUCUUGCUGCAGCAGCUGCAGAAAAGUCAUUUGGUUGUUUUCUGUUCGGUUGGUUUGCAGUUUUGUGCGCAUUUUUUUCCCUUUUGUUGUUUUGUUUUAGACAGUCCUGCCUCAGGCAGGGAGAAGCUCAACCAGCAGAUGAGGUUUCAGCAUUUCCCAGCUGAGCCAUUUUUAAAUACGGAAUAAGAAAAGUCAAAGUUGGUCAGCAGAGCGGA